AAGGGAAAACGAAAGAAAAAUAAAAAGAAGAAUAUAACAAAAAAAUAAAUAAAAAAAAAUAAAUACAGAGAAAAAAAAAGGAAAAGACGAGGAAAGAGAAAAAGAAAGAGCAAGACAGAAGAGAAUCAAAAAAGGAGACAAGAACGGGCCCACAGGAAAAAAGCUCCAUCGCGGCGUCUAUCGCUAAACGGCUUUUUCGAGACUUCUUCCUCUUGCAUCACUUUCUCCUUGGCCAACUCUCCACAUCGGGACAUGCAACAGGGCCAGAUUAUACCCCAUCACCAUCGUGCGAUCAAUCCCUCGACUCAAUAUUGCUUCUGGAUGUGAGAACCAACUUUCUUUCCCCCGCCUAUCCUCGAAUCUCUCGCUUUUCGUCCAUCCCGAUCGCUCGUAUCGCAAACCCACUUAUACGGACAAUACGAAUCGAUUACUCUGCAUCUCUUCUUCUAAUCUGUUCCUUCUUCCCCUUACAUGACGUCCGCCACUCUGGACCCCCACGUUCAUCAUGACCACUCCGUCCUCGUUCAGCGCCACGGCGGCCGACAAUGUGAACGAGGACGAUCCCCACGAUGCCCUCCAUUACACCCUUGAGGAUCCUGACCCUGACGUCCACAUGGGCGACGACUCCUUUCCCGAUUCCAAACCCAAGGAAUCGCUACCCAUGCAGAAGAGACGUCGGGUGACCCGGGCCUGCGAUGAGUGUCGGCGCAAGAAGAUCAAGUGCGACGGGAAGCAGCCUUGCACCCACUGCACCGUCUACAGCUACGAAUGUACUUAUGACCAGCCGUCCAACCGUCGGCGCAACCCCGCCCCGCAAUAUGUCGAAGCUCUGGAACACCGUCUCCACAAAGCCGAAGCGCUCCUCCGGGUCGUCCUCCCGGACCUCGAUCUGGAUGACCCCCGAUUCGACGAACAUGCCACCGAACAGAUGUUGGCCGCGAUUCGGCGGGAGUCGCAGCAAUCGCACUCACAAAUACCGCCCCCGCCACCGUCCCAACCGGCCCAGUCAUCGCAACCUUCCGUCGCUCCGAAUACCCCCCAGUCGGUGACAAUCACCGGAGGCCCAGGAGAUGAGACUCAACCUUCGACAUCCGCGGAGAAUGACUCGGCGGGGGAUGAAUCGAUGCUCGAGUCCAUGGUGGAAAACUCGGGUUGCUUGGAUCUAGACGACCAAGGCCACUGGGACUACCACGGGCACACCUCCGGCAUCAUCUUCAUUCGGCGCCUGCGGAAGCAGCUGGGAGCGUCCGACAUGCAACCCCCCUCCAUGAAGACCCGGCCGGUGCAGCAGAUGCUGGAGAGUCCCAAAUCGGUCUCCGACUCGCCCCAGGAUGCCUCCCUGCCGCCCACGCAGGACCUGCCGUCGCGCGACGUCGCACGGCGUCUGUGCCACAGUGCGCUGGAGGACGGUUGCUCCCUGAUGCGCUUCGUCCACGAACCGUCCUUCUACGCCAUGCUGGAGCGCAUCUAUGAUACCCCGACAGAGCAGUUCACCAACGAGGAGAAUUCCUUCCUACCUCUGCUAUAUAUCGUCAUGUCCGUCGGCUGCCUGUUCUCCGACGACGGAACGGGGCUUCUCGAUGUAUCGGGCUACGAGAGCGCGAUCGGUCAAGGGUUUCAAUAUUUCAAGGCUGGUCGACAGCUUUUGGAAAUCACGGACUGUCGCGACCUCACCUCCCUUCAAGCCAUCUGUUUCAUGGUCCUAUUCCUGCAAUCGUCCGCUAAACUCAGCACAUGCUACUCGUAUGUCGGAAUCGCCCUGCGGUCGGCGCUGCGGUUGGGUCUGCACCGCUCCGUGACGGCCAACUUCAACCCGGUCGAACGCGAACUCCGGAAGCGCGUGUUCUGGGUCGUCCGCAAGAUGGAUGUCUACGUGAGCACGCUGCUGGGUCUGCCGCAGAUGCUGAGCGACGACGACAUCGACCAGGAGUACCCGAUGGCCAUCGACGGCGACUUCAUCACCCCGAACGGCAUCCUGCCGGCGCCCACGGAUUACACGCCCCUGAUGGCCGGGGCCAAUGCGCACACGCGGCUGUCGACCAUUCUACUCAAGGUCGUCAAGUACAUCUACCCGGUCAAAAAUGCCCAACAUCGGUCCAAGUCGGAUCAACGUUACGUGGUGAGCCAUUCCAAGAUCCGCGAAAUCGAGCGGGAUCUGCAGGCGUGGAUGGAGGAGUUGCCGGCGACGCUCCGACCGGGGACCGAAGUGUCCCCGCAGCUUGAACGUGUCCGACAAUUACUCCGCAUAAGCUAUGCCCACGUGCAGGUGGUCAUGUACCGACCCUUCCUCCACUACGUCUCCAGCGGUUCGCAGGCUCGAGGCCUGGAUCGACGGUCGUACGCCUGUGCGGCCGCCUGCGUUAGCGUAUCGCGCAAUAUCGUGCACAUCACCACCGGCAUGCACAAGCACGGUCUCCUGAACGGGUCGUUCUGGUUUACCAUGUACACGACCUACUUUGCCAUCCUGUCUCUGCUCUUCUUCGUCCUCGAGAACCCUGACUCCCCGACGGCCAAGGAUGGCAUACUCAAGGACGCCAUGGAGGGCAAGACGACCCUGGGCGGUCUGGCCAAGAAGAGCAUGGCCGCCGACCGGUGCUCGCAGAGCCUGAACUGUCUGUUCAAGAAUCUCCCGGAGCUUCUCAAGAACCGCCAGAGCGCCGUCGCGCCGGUGAAUCUCAAACGGCCGGCGCCGACCAACCGCGUGGGCACAACCAACAGCCCGGCGGUAGCGGCGCGGCUCACGCCCCAACGGUCGAACACCUUCCCGCUCCAACUGCUCACGCGGCCGACCAAGGCGGAGGCCAGCAACACGCCCAAGACCAUGGAUGACAACCACCACCCGUCGCCUCAACCGCGUCCAAGCCAGCCUCCCACGCCCAGUUGGGUCCCCUCCACGCCCGUUCCGCGCAGCGACUCGGUCUCCACACCCGCCACAAUGGACCACCCGCACGGACCGUCCAACAUGUCACUAUCCUCCUUCCCGAUCCCCGGGCACGAACCUUCAGGGACCAGCUAUAGAACACCAUCGGCGCCGCCCCCAUCAUACCCCGGCGGGUCCCACCUCCCCGACCUCAUGCCCAUCAUGUUCCCUUCAGACGACCCGUUCGCAUACCCAACCCAGCCAAUGUCCACCCUUGAAAAUGACCACUUCCGCGAAGACGGGACGCCAUUCGGCAUGGGCUCAAACAACCCGCUCGGUCUCUCCCCCGCCGGUCUCGACAACCUAAACAGCCUCGGCAUGUUCCCGCAUGGGCCAACCUCAAGCGGAGGCAUGAACACUGGCCUACCGAGCCAACUCGCCCAAGCUCCACCUCAACCCCACCACCAAGCCCAGGCCCAACCAGCAAUGAGCCGGUCCCGCCUCCAGUCCCCGGUCUCACACGGCUCCACCACCCCCGGCGAAGCAGUCAACAGCCCCGACCUUGUCUCCAUCCCCAAUCAAAACCAGAACUUCCUCUGGCAGGGCUACAACUUCCAGCCGGGCACAUCCCAACCAACAAUGACGUCCUCGACGGCUGCGCCGGACUUCACCGAUCUGGGAAAUCUGGACGACGCACACCACCAGGCGGUGGGGCCAGGCAUGGGCAUGGGCAUGGGGCUGGACCUGGGGAUUCCGCUGGACGAUAUCUUCGGGAAUGGCGAGGCGUUGCGGAUGGGGUAUGGCAAUCAUCCUUACAACCCUGCCAAUGGGCCGCCUGACGCUGCGAAUGCGAAUGCGAAUGCGAAUAUGAACGCGAAUGGAACUGGAAGUGACGACUGGACGCAGUGGAUGAACGUGGGAUGAGUGACGAUCCCUUCCCUGACUUUAUUGACGGUAAUUCUAAUGACUCGGCAUGGGAAAUGUGGCGUUUAUAUCAAUCAACCUGGUACAUAUAACAUCUACACCUACAUACCACUUACAUACAUACCAUAUAUCUACAUACUUUCUAUCCUACACUUCAGUCUCUCUCUCUCUCUCUCUC